AUGAUCCGGGUCACCGUGGAGUUCCUGGUGCUGGGACAGCAGCUGCACAGCAGACAGGUGGCGCUGCUGCACAGCUGUCACUGCUGUUGUUUUUCAGGUACUGAGUUUGAGGGAGCCAUCAUCGCCCUCUUCCAUCUCCUGGCCACCCGCACAGACAAGGUGCGCGCCCUGAGAGAAGCCUUCUACAGACAGAACCUGCCUAACAUCUUGAACCUCAUCGCCACCGUCUUCGUGUUUGCUGUGGUCAUAUACUUCCAGGGCUUCAGGGUCGACCUGCCCAUCAAGUCAGCACGCUACCGUGGUCAGUACAACACCUACCCCAUCAAACUGUUCUACACCUCCAACAUCCCCAUCCUGCAGUCUGCCCUCGUCUCCAAUCUCUACGUCAUCUCUCAGAUGCUCUCAACUCGUUUUAGCGGGAACUUCCUCGUGAACCUCCUAGGAACCUGGUCUGAUGCAACGAGUGGUGGACCUGCUCGAGCCUACCCUGUGGCCGGGCUCUGCUACUACCUCUCCCCUCCGGAGUCGUUUGGCUCGGUCCUGGACGACCCGGUUCACGCUGCCAUCUACAUCGUCUUCAUGCUCGGCUCCUGCGCCUUCUUCUCAAAGACCUGGAUCGAGGUCUCAGGAUCUUCUGCUAAAGAUGUGGCGAAGCAGCUGAAGGAGCAGCAGAUGGUGAUGAGGGGACACAGAGAGACCUCCAUGGUGCAUGAGCUGAACAGGUACAUCCCCACAGCUGCUGCCUUCGGUGGCCUCUGCAUAGGAGGGCUGUCCGUCAUGGCUGACUUCCUGGGGGCCAUUGGUUCGGGGACAGGAAUCCUCUUGGCUGUGACCAUCAUCUACCAGUACUUUGAAAUCUUUGUGAAGGAGCAGAGCGAAAUGGGCAGCAUGGGAGCACUGCUCUUCUAAAAAAUACCAACCUUCGGACACACAUAAGACACAAAGCAUCCACCCGCCCCCCACCAUUGUUUUAAUUUUGCAAUUUUUUGCAAUUUCGCACAAUCAGUUCAUUUUGCAGCUGGAAUAGGUUUUUUUUUUUCUCCGCUAUCUGUGUUUUCCACCAUUACUUUUUUAGCAGUUGAAACCGUUUUCCCAGCAGGCUGCCCAAGUCCCCACUGACUGUCUUAAAAGCUGAAAAAUGCCUAAAAGCACAUCAGUGUGAGGAGCUGUCUUUGAUUUACCCUCGGGCAUUGUUCA